AUGAAUAAACAGUUGGAUCAGCUAACCGACGUGUUCAUAUCAGACGAAGUUUUGAUGAUGUGCCACAACUUGGCUCUGCUCACGGAAAAGGAAGAGGUUGCUGCUCUGCUCAUUGGUCAAAAAAUAAUACAUGAGAAUGGAACCACCGUGUCUGUGUCAGCGUUGUCUAUACCGCCUCGGGGAGAGAUCAAAAAGGACCGUGUAGAAAUCAUGUCUGAAGACUUGGUAAACGCUAUGGAAGAUGCCAAAUACUUUUCCAGCAUCAAAGGUGCUAACUUAAAUGUCAUUGGCUGGUAUCAUUCACAUCCUCAUAUCACUGUGUGGCCAUCUAAUGUCGAUUUGCAAACUCAAUUGAACUUACAAAAUAUGGAUUCAUGUUUCAUUGGUAUAAUUUGUUCAUCAUAUAAUACAGACACUACAACAAUGAUGAAAGAAAUGAAAACAGUAUGCUUUCAAGCAAAACAAAUAAAUGGUACGGUGAACAGAAUAGAUGUUAAAUUUCAAGUUGCACCUACAACCUGUACCAGCCAAUUGUCAUUUGAGGUAAUUGUCAAGCAUAUUGAAACAUUGUAUGACGAACUCAUAAAAAAUUAUAAUGAAGCAAAUGAAGGUGACAUUAGUCCAAUGGCUCAGCUUCAUAAUGAUUCAGUAUAUACAUUAUCUGGGAUACAUAUGUUGGAAACAGUGGCUAAACCUAUGCUUCAAAUGUUAGAAACACAACGUGAAAGUUCAACUAAAAGAAUUCAAAAUCUUCAAGUAAAAUUAGAACAGCUAUCAUUAGGUAUUAAUGAUGAGCAUUAUUGUGAUGGUACAAACAAAAAUUAUGACGAUCAAGAAAAUAGUGAUGAUUCCUCUGAGAGUUUGAUAACAUCAGUACCAAUAAAAAAUCAACCCAAAGAUAAAAAGAAAGGAAAAAAGUCUAGUAUGGUAUCCUCUCCAGUUUAAUUCAUAAAUAUUAAGCAGCUUCAACAGUAUCAUACUUAAUAAAUUUAAAAACUAUAUUUAU